AACCAAGCGAGGGAAAAACAAACUGGAGCCGUCGCCUUGAUGUCAUGCCUGUCUGUGUGCUGUCGGACGGGGCGGGGCCCGGUGCCCAGGUACCAGCACACCUGACCAUGAUUCCCAUCUCACACAUCACCACCAGCACAGACUCCUCCGGCAAAACAGUCAAGGGGAAAGUGGUUCGUAAAGAACGACUGGUGUCGUCAGCAUCAGAUGACUUCAUCUUAAAGACUGUCAUCCAAGAAGAAGAUUCCCAGGCGAUCGCCUCAUCCCAGAACACGUCCAUCAGCGUGGUUCUGUUAGGAGCACUGGCCAAGGACUUCAAUGAAGCUGUCAAUCAAGGGGAUGUGGUGGUGGCCUCUGGCUUCACUGUGGACAAAUCUGGCUCAGUUCACAAGGACAAGCUGCACCCCUGUAAGCUGCUGCUGUCAGGAGACAACGCCUGCCUUUAUGUGUCCCGGCCGCCGCCUCCUCCUGACCCCAGGUCCCCGUUGGCCAACAAGAGGAGCACCACGCUCUCCGCUGAGGUUUCCACCAAGGCCAAGGUUCCAAAAUAUACGUACGUGCGACUGGGCGACCUGAAGGCUGGAUCUGUGGUCAACGUGUACGGAGUGGUGGUCUUCUUCAAGCAGCCGUUCAAGAGCCGGGGAACAGAUUUCUGCUCCAGCCUGAAGAUCACCGACCAGUCCAACCAGAAGAUCGGCUGCACCAUCUUCUGUGAGAAGCUGGAGGACCAUCCCAAAAUCUUUCAAAUCGGAGACAUCGUCCGCAUGCACAGAGUCAAGACUCAGUUCUUCAACGACUCCAUCACGCUGGUCAACACCUUCGGUUUCUCUGUGGUGACGUUUGACGGGGCAGUGGGCGGAGCCAUGGAGCCGCGGACCUCCAGCCGCUCCUUCCACUUUGACCAGGAGGUCCGCCGGACUGUGGAGGAGCUGCGAUCGUGGUCAGCAAGCCAGACUAUCCUCCCCCCGGUUCCCACAAUCCCUCUGUCCGCCGUUCAGCCCAAAGCUUACUUCGACCUGACCUGCCAGCUGCUGGCCAAAGCCCCCAUCGACACCACCUGCACCCUGCUGAGGGUGUGGGACGGGACCAGGUGUCCUCGCACUCUGUUGAACGUGAUCGUCGAGCCAGACGCCACGGAGGGACCGACAUCCUUCUCCAAGGAGAAAGAGAAGCUCAUCGCCAACGUCCUCGUCUACGACAACCACGUGGAGGUCGCCAGGGAGCUGAAGCCUGGAGCCUUCCUGAGGAUCUACAACCUGCGAGCGAUACCAGGAUCCAGUAAGGUGCCCGGCCUCACCAGCAGCCAAUCAGAGGAGGUGGAUCACCUGGCUUUUCACCUGCACGGUGGGACGGCGUACGGCAGGGGGAUCCGGGUUCUUCCAGAAACGAGCCCCGACGUGCAGGAGCUGAAGAGAACCCUUCAGGCCUUCUCAGAGGAUCACGAGGACAGACUCUCCGAUUUCAGCGACUCGGAGUUGUUGGAGGUCUGGAGCACGCCGCCAGAGUCGACCAAGGUGAAACAGCUCUGUGCUGAAACCGUGAAGUGCUGCACAGAGAGAAGCUGCAGUCACGACUUGCAGCCGGUGACGCUGUCCAAGGUGAAGCGGUCCGGUCCAGGUCGAGUUCACCACGUCCGGGUCCAGCUGAGAUCCUACGAGCCCCACGCACUCCACCAGGCUCUGAAACUCUACUGCAGCAAGUGCUCAUCCAUGCUGGAUGUUCCAGAUGAUGAACUGGUCUCAGGUCUGUUCUCUGAGGCGAACAGCGACUCCGGACCCUGCAGUCCUCCGCCGUGGUUGCUCUCCGGGAAGGUUGACGCCCCCGGAGACGCCCCGGGAUCCGCGGACCGAUCUCUGACCGUCCACUUGUCCUCCGAGCUCCUGGCCGAGGGUAAAACCAAAGAGCUCCUCUUCCUCAUGGGUUCGACUCUGGAGGAAACGUGUCGACUAACGGCCGGCUACCAGAACAUCGUCCCCGUGAGGCCGUCGGGAGGUCACCUGGCUCUGCUCGACCUGUCUGCACCUUUCCUGUUCAGGGGCAGGAGGAGAUACUACGGAUGUAAACGUUGCUCUGACGCUGCAGUGAGGGAGCCGAGCACUGAGGGAGUCGAGGUGAUCGAUGAGAGGAUGAUCGCAGAAGCUCUCGGCGUUCAGCUGCUGCAGUUCGUCCUGCUGAUGAAGCUCGAGCUGCGCGACGCCACCGACACGCUGCACGUCUUCCUGUGGAGAGACGCAGAGCUGUUCUUCAACGUGUCAGCGGAUGACGUAGCAGCCAAUCAGGAGGCUCAGAAUAUCAUCCACCAAACCAUGGACACCCUCUGUCCUCCGGGGGGCGGCACGGGUGAGCGUCCGUGGCUCGACUUGUGUCUGACGUCAUACCGAGCAGAGGACGACGCGGGACAGAACCAAACCUGCUACCAGGUCGGCCACACCACCGUCACCAAACCCUCCUCCACGCGGUCCGAACCCGGCCCCGCCUGAACCACCACCAAAAAAAACAGUUUCUAUUUGUUUUUAUUUCACCUGCGUUCUGGUUUUUAUCUGGUUUUUAUUUAUUGUGUAAAAGAAAAUAAAUGUUCAUUAAAAUGUUGCUUCGGAAAUGUAUAAAACUGCUGAGUAUGGAGACUUUUAAAAAUCUGGCUACGACUUUCAAAAUAAAAGA